AUGUUAACGUUCCGGAAUAGUUUGAAGAUAUGGGUCAAUUCUUUGAAACUGGGGAAUCUUCAAAAACUACAGGACGACUUGAUAACAUUACUGGUACCCAACUUAAAGUCUGGGAUCGUAGUGAAGAACGAGAAGAUCAAGAUAGAUAGUGAAAAUCAUAUCAAUGAAGUAAAUUUUCAAAUAACCAACAAUGUUAAUUCUCCUACCAAACAUAUAGUGUUCAUCCAUGGAUAUGGUGCAUCGUUAGGAUGUUUCUCACGUAAUUUCAGUAUGGCCAACUUGUUUACAGAUUUAAAUCAUAACUACCAUAUUCAUUUUCUUGAUAACAAAUCUUUCGGAUUAUCGUCAAAUCCCAAAAUUCCAGGGAUAAGUAACUAUAUACCGAAGUGCCCUACCAUCAAACUCAAUGAUGACCAACCUACGGAUCCCAAAAAGUUAUAUAACAAGUAUUACAAAUUGGUGGAUUCCUAUGAAAUCAAUCCCAAAGAAUUUAAAGAUUAUGAAGAAAAAUUCAGUCCCAUUUUGAAUCAAAUAGAGGAUUAUUACUUAGAUGGUAUCAAACAUUGGAAGACCGCAAGAGGAAUAGAAAUAGACUACUUAGUGGGUCACUCAUAUGGUGGGUAUUGGAGUGGAAGUUAUGCCAUUAAGAACGAUGUUGGAAAAUUAAUACUUUUGAGUCCGGUUGGAGUUGAAAGACACGUCCAUGCAUUACCUGGGGUAAGACACAUUGAUCAAUCUCAAGACACAUUAGCUUUGAAACCAUCAUUGGAUCCUUCUCAAUACAACUUUUUGAGUAGAUUCCCCAUUUUGAAACCUGAAACCAUUUCCAAAUGGUAUUUCCAGCCAUACCUUCCACGUGUGCUCAGAUACUUAGGGCCAUUGGGCGUUCAGCUCUAUUGGAAGAUGUGGUAUUCAAAAUUAGCGAAAAUAAAUAAAUUGAAGGAAAAACGUAAAUCCGAUGGAAAAACAGAUCCUCAAAACGUGUAUGGAACUGACAGGGAAUUAUCCUCAAUAAUCGAAUACUUGUAUAACUCAAUCACUAAUGGAACGAUGUCAGAUAUUUACAUAAAGUAUCUAUUGACCCCAAGUACAGUUAGUAAGAUUCCCUUGUAUGACAAAUUCAUGAACUUCAAAAACACUGACAACCGUUUUGGUAAGUUUAACAUCCAUUUUAUUUAUGGACAAUAUGACUUUAUGAAUGCUGAAGCAGCUGAGAAACUUGUCAGUGAAUUAAAUUCAGAUGAUGAAGUCGUGAAAUUUCAUAAAAUAGACGAAGGGGGACAUAAUUUGUACAUUGAUAAUCCUUUUGAUACCAAUAAAUUGAUUUAUGAUAUCGUCAAAGCAGACGAGAAGUGA